UAAUGUCAGGCAGAAAAAAAAAUUCUUUUAGAUGUUUUGCGAUCUAUAAAAUAGGAUUGAAUGGAGAAGAUGGAUAAUUCACUAUAACUCACAAAAGAGGAUGUUUAAAAACCUUCAAUAUCGAAGAAAAAGAACUAAUUGUAGAAGUCAAUUAGCAUUUUGAUGGUCAAUAGAUAAAUUCAAGUUAAAGCUAAUUUAAAUUCAAAAAUUGGAUUGGAAUAAAGGAGUAGAAAAAAGAUCAUAGUAAUUUAAAUAAUUUAUAUUAGCAUACUAUUUGCUUUUAUUAUUGCAUUAGAAUGGCAGGAAAGAAGAUGCCUUUAAAUAAUUAGAGACUCUUUAAAAAUGGAAUUAAAAUAAUGAAAAUUAUAAGAAUAUUGAUCCUUAAGAAUUAGAGGAUUAAAUUUAAAGGUUAGAAUAAAAAUAUGGAGAACCAGAUGGAUUUGCAACAGAUGAAGGUUAAGACGAAAUAAUAAGAAAUUAAAAAUCAUAAUUAUAACAAUAAUAAUAACAAUAACAAUAACAAUUACAAUAAAAAUAAUAAUAAUAAUAAUAAUAAUAAUAAUAAUAAUAAUAAUAAUAAUAAUAAUAAUAAUAAUAAUAAUAAUAAUAAUAAUUUCAAAGUCCUUAAAAGAAUUCUUAAUUGAGAUAAAGUUCAGCAUAAAAAACAAAAUCACCAAUAAAUAAAAAUCUUGACGCCAAUUAUAAUCAAAUCAAUAAAAUUAUUAAUAAAUCUAAAGAUUUAAAACCCACUAUUUAAGCAAAUGGUAUCAUUGCUGUAAAGUAAGAAAGCGUAAUUUAGAAUCAAUCUCGUCAACAAUAGAAUCAAGAAAUUCAAAUAAACGAUUAAUAACCUAAACCAUAACCAAAGAAAAGAUAAAAAUAGUAAUUUAGUAAUUAGGAAGCACGUGAAUAAAUGGGUGAAUCUAAUAAACUUAAAUAAGCUGAUGCAUUAAUCAGAAAUUCAAUAGUAGGUGCUCUAGCAAGCGGCACAUUAGCAUUGAUUUUAUGAU